AUUGCAAUUGGCAACACUGUUUUUUACUGUUGAAAAUUUUGUUGUCGCGUUUGGCAGGUCGAAAACGUUGUCGGCAGAUUUAUUUAAAAUUAUAAAUAAAAGAUUCGUUUUUGAAUGAAAGCUGAUGCUGCAGCUGCAACGUGUUUGUGCGAAAUUUGAAAACGUCAGCAAAGCGGGCAAGAAACCAAAAAGUAAAUCAAAUAAAAGUCAAGGUUUCAAAAAGGAAAACCAGUUAUGUCAAAGUGUUUCCUUUUGCUGGCAGCAAACAUAAUUUUAUGGCGAAAAAAUUUGUAAUAAAUGAAAGUGCUGUGCAUUGUGCUGAAUUAUAUGGCCAAAUCUACCAACUUGUUAACAACAACGGCAAAAUAAUUGCUAAGUUUCACCAAAAAGUGAAUUUCUUGCAAAAAACAAAAUUUAAUUGUGCAACAACAACAACGAACAGCAGAACAAGUGCAACAAUUGGCACAAUUGGCAAUAAAUCAGCAGCUAGCAACGACAACGAAUAAUAAAUAAGCAAAGCAAAAAAAAUAAAAAAGAACGAAGGAGUAGAAGCAGCAGCAGAGGAAGAAGACGCGUCUGUCUGCUAUUUUUGUAGCCUAAGCUAAAAGAUACUUUUUUGCUGUUGUGAGAUACUUUAGCGCAAGCCCACGCCAUGCGUGGCUGGCAGCCAUGUAAAGGCAACAACAAUUGAAAGCAGCAGAACUCUUCAGCAGACACUUGAAGCUGUCACUUAGUUAUGCCAAGCAGGCGCUGCACACAGCGGAAGCCAACAACGUUGUCGAUGACUUGAAAGCGCAACUGCAAUCUAAGCAGCUUGCAACAACAACAACAACAACUAAGCACAACAGCAACAACAUCCUUUUACCCCCUACCCCCCACUCCCACGCCCAAGAUGGAACCAGCGCCUGUGGCUAGGUCAUUGGACCAACCAGAGCUCAGCAAUGGCGACAGUCGCGACUCGCCGCAGCAUUCACACUACUCGAAUCUCAGCCAGAGCAGCAGCAGCGUUAACAGUCCCAUUGCCGCCAGCGACAGCAGCUCGCCCAGCACCAGCUCCAGCUCAGCGCCACACUACAGCGAAGAUUUGCGUGCUGCUGCUGCAGUGCAGCUUAAGCCGCCGCUGAAGUGCGCUGCAGCGCUGCCGCCUUCCAAGGAGGAGAAGCAGCGUCAAAACGAAGAAAUUGUUUGCAUGGAGACGAGCACAGUUUCUACCGAAACGGGCAGCUGGGAGUCUGUUUAUCCACAGGGCGGCACAGUCCUAGGCAAUGGCCAGUCGGCGCCCAAUGAUACGCUAAGCAACAGCGCUUGCUUCAUUGAUGCCUCCUCGCUGCGCGAUGAGGAUGAAGUCAACUCGGGUUUUCCUAGUUUGGAAGCAGCAGCGCUGCCGCCGCCGCCAGAGCUGCAGCUGGCGCAGUUCCAUAAAGCCUUCGCCAAGUGCAAGGCGCCGCAGUCAGCGCAGCAACUUGCCUCCAAUAGCAGCUCAGAUGCGGAGCAAACGCCGCUGGACGAUGACGCGCAGACAGAUGCACAUAAUCUCUCCGAUGAGGAGAAGCUGUGGCAACGCGAGCAGCAGCCGGCAAAGCCAGUGCCAGUGCCACGCCCACUGCAGCAACAGUUUAGCGUGCAUGCGCUUUCGAGCAGUCCCAAGUUUACGCCGCAUCAGCAGCAGCAGGAUCUCAGCUAUACCACAGACUACUCCAGCAGCAGUCCAGCGCACAGCAGUUUGAUCUGCGCGCCGCCUGCUGCUACAGAGACGCCACACAAUUCGCUCAUGCUGCACAAUACGGGCAGCAAUCAUAGCUCCAUACAUCGGGAUUACACGCUGAGCAACUCGUUGUCGCAUCAGCGCGACUCUGGCGCUUAUUGCAGCGAUGCCACCGACUCGCCGCAGCCGCUGGCGCUGCCACGCACGCCCAAGCGUGGCUCACGCUAUGAUGAAGCUAAUCCCAUAGUCUCGGGUGGCUCAGCUAUAGAGGAUUAUCCCAAGCAAUGUGACAGUCCCAGUCUAAAGCGACGCACUGAAGCUUGUCCUAUAGUGUCUGGUGGCUUUGCGCUUACGCUGCCGCAGGAUGAGCAGGAUGAGGAGCAGCAGGUGGAGCUGCGACGCAAAGUGCUGCCCAGCUGGGUUGUGGACAUGAGCGAUUGUCGCUCGGAGCGACGCAAAAGCAGCAGCAGCAGCUCCAGUCUCGAACUGCAGCAGCGCACGCGUGAGCGCAGCGACUCGAACAGUUCGCAUAAGAGCGGCUGUGGCUUUUAUGUUUCACUAGAGGAUAUGGAUCGCAAGCCCAAGGAGCAGCUGAGCAAAAGCUAUCAGUCGCCCAAGGCAGCAAAUUUCUUUGUGAAUCUCAGCGAGGCGCAGCCAGCGCCAGAGCCAGAGCCAGAGCCUGCAGCGGAUAAGAAAAAUAUAUUUAGCAUGUUUAUAGAUUUGGGUGAGCCCAAUAAGCCGCGCUCGGCACAGCGCAAGGAGCCGUUUAAUUUAGCGCAGCGACUGAGCAGCUCGCUGCAUGUCAAACGCGAGGAGCAGUCGCCGCUCAAGAGCAGCGCCAGCUCUACAGAAACUUUAAUGGCCAAGAGUCAACAGCAGCAGCAGCAGUCGGCGCAGCAGGCAAGCAAAUCUUUAGACUACAGCGUUAAUCUGGAGCAGGCGCCAGCGGCAUCACCUUUGGCUGCCUUAAGACGUUUGCCACGCCCACUGCAAGAGCCAAGCAAGCGCCACAGCUGGGGGCAGGAGCAGCAAGCGCCGCCACCUGCUAAUGACUGCAAGCGUAGCCAAAGCAUGUCCACCAAUGGACCACAGCAUGGCCUAAUGAGCAUCAUAGACAAGCUGCCCAUAAUAAGCAAAGCGAGCAGUCUAAGUGUGGACAGCUCAUUGUCACCCUAUGAUGAGUACAGCGGCGGCGCCUUGAGCAGCUGCUCGGAUGAGGAGCAACCGCUGCGUGGAGCAAACCGACGCCAUCGACGUGAUGCGCAGCUCAACGAAACGUAUGAUAAGAGCAGCAGCAUUGCUUCGGUGCUGACCGAAGCUGCGCUCAGCAAGGAUCUCUCACCCGCUUCGCAAACAGAUACAGAGGAGCUAACGUUCCAGCAGGAUGAGCAGGCAGCGCUGCGUGAGGUGCAACAGUCGCAACCGCAGGCGCAGCCGCUGCCACUUUUGGCAGGCAACAGUCGCAGCACUAUGGAAACUAUACUGGAAGCUAAGGAAACAGCUUCACCCAAGAAGCUAACCAAUGGUCAUACCAUGGCUACGCUGCAGGCGCGCAUAGAGCAGCAGAAGCAGCUGCUGGAGGAUGCGGGCAGCGCGCCGCCGCCAGCGCCCAGCAGCUUUGUUAAGCUUUCGGAUAUGGAUAAGCCGCUGGUUAAGACGGAGCACAUGAGUCGCAGCGCUGGACAGCGUGAGUCGCAGCUGCGUGGCGGCAGCGCACGUCCGCAUAGCUGGGCCAUGACGCGCUCCACGGGCAAUGGCGCGGGCAUACAGCAGUUCGCCAGCUCUGUGGAUAAUCUACGCAGUCUGAGCAGAUUGUUCCCAAACUUCAGCAAGCAAUGCAGCAAUUCCUUGCCUGGCAAUAUGGUACUCGAAUCGGAUUAUAUACAAACUGAUCUCAGCGCUGACUCUAGCCUUGCAUCCAGUUUCAGCCGCUCUGGCUUGGAUGACAGCUCGCUCAGCUGCCGGCAGCCGCGUCGCCUGGGCGAGGAUUUGCUUAAAAUGUUUCUGCAGGAGAUUGCUACGGAUAUGUUGGUGGAGGUGCAUGGCAGACGCAUUCGCGCUCACAAGUGUAUUCUACGCAGUCGCUGUCAAUAUUUUGCUGCCAUGUUGGCGGGCGCUGGCGCCGCUAGCGCUGCUCAGAGCGUCGUCUCAUUGCAAGGUUAUAGCUACGCCGCUGUGCACUUUGCACUUUGUCAUAUUUACUCGGGUGCAUCGCAUCCGCCAGAUGGCAUCAGUCUAAUGGAGCUGGCUGCUCUAGCGGAUCUGCUGGGUCUCGAAGGUCUCAAGGAGGUCACGUCACAUGCCUUGAAGACGAACUACUGUCAUAAUUUCCAUAAACCCUGCUCCGGCUGCAUUGAUGGCAUAUUACAAGUGCUGCCCGUUGCGCUCAAUCAUGCGCUGGAUGAUCUCUAUAGAAAAUGUUUGCGCUGGACCUGCCGCCACUAUUUGAAAGUGUGGCCAACGCGUCAGUUUGCGCAGCUGCCGCCGGAUAUACUCGGACGCUGUCGCCAGCAGAUUGUAGCCUAUUUGACCUCCGAGACGGUGCUGGACACGGUGCUCGACUGCGAUCAUCUGUUGGCGCAGCUAUCGGCUUAUCGUUGGGGUCACAUCUGUGAGCAGCUGGUGCGCGAUAUUCUGGACGCUGCCUAUGGCUAUAUGGGCGAUCAUUUUGCCAGCUUGAUUGCUAGCGAUUCGUUCCUCUCACUGGGACACGAUCGUAGUCGUCAUAUACCGCGUCUCGAGACGCUGCUGCUGCAUACAGCGGGCGCUCUCACUCCCGAACAAGCUUGUCGCAGUUAUCAGCGCGUCACGCGUCUCAAUACGCUGCUCCAGGCUAAGCUUAUACAAAUGCCAGUCAAUCUGGGCGAGCUGGCCAAGGAGCUGCAGGGCUUGCAGGAGGAACAGCUGGAUUGGCAGCCAGAGUACAUCAGGCUGGUCAGCGCGCUGGUCUAUGCGGUGGAGCAGUGUCUCAUUAGGCAGUGCGCCAGAGCUAUGCGCAUUACCGCCUGGCAGCGCAUGGACUUGGAGCUGCGCAAGAAGGUGCAAACGCUGGCGCGUCUAAGCGAACCGCUGGACGUAAAGCGCGCUCAGGCCAAGCCUGUGGGCAAAGUCAACAGCUUUGGUGCAGGCAGCACACGCAGCCAGGAGCUGGCGCAGAUUAAGCUCGCCAUACAGGCGCAAACAAAACGCGCCACAACGCAGCAGAGCUUGCCACAUGAAGUGGAAACGCGCGAGCGUCCAGAGCAGCGUGAGACUGGCAACAAACUCAUGAAGUCAAAUACACGCGCCUAUGUGCCACAGGCGCAGCGCGCCAGCUCCCAAGCUGCAACCGAGCGGCAUAGCUACAAUCUGCCACGACGCACACAAUCUGAAGCGCCCAAGAAGUCAGCACCAGUCAAUGCAACAGUUACAGUCACUACAACAGUCAAGCCUGCCGCCGUUGCGCCCGUUGCAGCUGCGCGUCUGGGUGAAGUGCGUCCACGUUACUUGGAGCCGCGCAAGCCACGCAGCGCUCAGCCUACAAAUGCUGCCAGCGUUGGACCACAGCGCAGCGCCACUAGCUCCAGCAUUCCAGCUGCACGCAAAGCGCAGGCGAAGAAGAAUCUGCACAUCUCUUCCAGCGAUAGUUCGCGUCAAUCCAGUCCCGCUGCUGUGCGGCGCCUGGGCAACAAAUCAAGCAACAUGUCUAGCGACAGUUUGGCCAAGAGCGGACGCUAUGCUUCCGAUUUACGCGUGGAUUCGCUGCCCGAAAGCAUGAAGAGCUCGAUUAUAACCAACAAAACUAUUUCACAUGAAUCGCUGUCGAGCAACUCGAAGCUGGCGCGUGUGCAGCAGCUCAAUGGACAUGGCAGCAAUGCCAAGCGCAUGCCCAACAAGUCUACGCGACAGCUGAAGCAAAGCAAUGGCAGCAGUCCCAGCUCAGUGCAGACCACCAAGUCGGCAACCAGUCGUCACUCGUCGGUUAGCAGCAAUCUAAGCACGCGUGGUGAAAUCUACAAGCGCUCCAUAUCCGUGCCCACAAAUGCGGAGGCGCCGACCAAAACGCGCAGCUUCUUGUCAGCCAAAUCACGUGAAAUUCUGGCUAAGCGCGCAGAGAAAAAUAAACUGCAACAACAACAACAACAGCAGCAGCAGCAGCAGCAGCAGGUGCAGCAAGAGGAGCAGCAAAGCAAACUGCUGCGUGCUUCCGCUGGCCCAUUGCGCUCUUCCUCACAUUCCGCCGUUAGCAGCAUGCUGCGUCAUAGUAUGCCCUCCAAUAUACCCACUAGACGCCCCAAUACCUUGCAGCUGCGCAAGCCCAUAACAAAUGGCAGCACCACAAAUGGUCAUGCCUAUAAGAGUACAGCACAGGCGGUGAAACAAAAGCUUGAUUUGCUCAUUGAUGCAGCUGAGACGCAGCCGCAGUCCAAGCUGGAGCGCUCUAGCACCUUCUGCAAGGACAGCGCUGAUUUGGAUAUAAGCGAACUGCAGAUUAUAGAAUAAAUGCUGCCAACUUGGAUGUAUAUCAAAUAUGCAGCAUUUUGGCUAGGAACUAUACCCAACUAUAUAAACACACGUCCCAUAAGGCAACUCUAGUCAAUAAUAGCAUGUAGUUGCAGACGCAAUAUUAUACAGAAAUUUAUAACAGUUAUAUGCAUAUAACAAAAGCAAACAAAGCGAAAAUAGUUAUUGUCGUUUACACACAACUUCCCUAAAAAAUACUUAAACUUACAAACUUAAUUCUAGUGUUAACGUUUUUGGUGAUAUUAUUUAAUGUGUGCGCGCUGCUAAGCUCUGCUUCUUUUAUUAACUUUUUAUAAAAAGCUGUGUGCUACCAACAAUUUUUAACAGUUGCUUUAUAUCUGCCCUGCCCCUUAAGCUGCAUUUAAGCUCCGUAAUUCUCACGCGCUGUCUUUAAAACUAUUGUUAACGUUUUUUUUAUAUACUCUUUAUUUUGUAAUAAUUAUGCGGCAAUGAU